UAGCUGAAAUAGGGAGUAUGGAUGGACGCUUGUCAACUCAACGCUACUUGUUUAUAUAGCUCAUUACAAAAUUAAAUUUUCAUUUUUAUCAAAUAUACCGAAUUUCUGUCGUGAUAAACAAUAUAUAUUUUUGAGCUAUAAUGAUUCAAUAAUUAGCUUGUUAUAUUACCCUAACUUAUUCGUUUCUUGCCUUCAAUUGAAUGCUCCAGCUAUUUCACUUUCGAUAUCGCGAUUAUUUAGUAAACUUACAAUGCCUCUGGAAACUGUGAGAAUAAAACAAGAAGAUGUGACGAACGAGCCAGAGCUUAUAACGGUGGAGAUAGAGCCUAAAAUAUACCCUGAACCUAAGCUUAAAGAGCUAGUAAAGCAGGAGCCCGUUUGGGAUCAAGACGAGAGCGAAGGUGGUUAUGUGGAGCCCGAAAUCAAUGAAAAAGUGCUGCCCGGCACAGUAACGGACAAUCGGUCUAAGGUGAAAGUAAAAGUGGAGCAUGUAAAAGGGGGGGUGGUAGAGCGGGAGGAGGAUACCUCAUGUGAUGAAGAUGAAGAUGUGCAGUCCAAUCAGAAGGAUGACACGCGAUAUGAGACAUAUAUCAAAGUCAUACCAGGAGCAGAGUACGACAAAAAAUACGCCUGUCAGCUUUGCGAUUACCGAGGCUCCCGCUUUGCCACCCGACAACACACAAAGUGCCACGUCCGCAGACUCACGUGUCCAAAAUGCCACGAAAUCAUAACAGACACAAAGCUGCUAGAAGCUCACGUGAAACAGGCACAUCCUGACCUAAUACAGUCAAUACUCUCAUGCGAAUCGUGCAAUAUUAUGUUCACAAACAUCACUAAACUGAAGAGGCAUGAAAAAUACGCCCACAACCUUUUCCAAUGCACUUUUUGCUCGGAAAAGAUCACAAAAAAAGGCUUGAUAAAGCAUUUAAGAGACUAUCACGAAAACGACUUGCCCGCUUGCGAACUAUGUGGCUUCAAAUUUACGUGUAAAAGCAAAGUGAUACGGCAUAAAAAACUUGUUCAUUUGAAAGAGAAAAACGUGACUUGCGAAAUGUGUAAUUUUAAAUGCUUUGAUGUGUGGGAUUUAAAGAGACAUAUGGUUAGCCACGACGGCAAGAAGUCGUACGAGUGUAGAUUUUGUAGCAAGAAAUUCGCACGUAGAACUAAUUGUGCUUUGCAUGAGAAGAUCCACACGGGGGAGAAGAAUAAAGUUUGUGCAGAAUGCGGGGCCGCCUUCGUGCAGAAAGCGAGUCUGAACUACCACAUGUCGAAAUACCAUCCAGACUCGUAGCGACGACAUUUUACGUAUAAUAACGUUGACUGUAUUUGACAACGAAUUACAGCGAGUGAUCGGCACGGACGGGUACCGGGAAUCUUAUUCAAAAACUCUUAAAAGAUCUUAUUUAAAAUUACACUCAAAAGAAUUACGUUUUCGACCAAGAUCGCGGCAUUUGAGACAUGUCCAUUCAUGUCCAUAUUAACAUUUUUACUCGGAAUCCCGCGGUGCGGCGACUGUGACACCGUCCAUGCCGAUCACUGCUUAUAAAUGACGUAUAAUUAAUUAAAUCAAAAUAAUUAUUUUAUAGUUUUUAGGUGCCAAUUUAUUUUGUACCCUACCUAUUCGUAUACACCGAUUUGUAAGAUGUGUUUAAGGUGUAUUGCAAUUACAGACUAAAAUGUCAUACAGAGUUUUCGGUGAAAAACGCCUUUUUGGCUGCUACGCUGCCACUAUAUGACUAUACUGAGAGACGUUAAAGUUUUAAAAUAAACUCGCAAAAUGUAAUUUAAAAAACUUAUUCAUUGUUAUGUGUUUAAUUUCGCCAACGUGUCGUGUGCAGAAGUCAACAACAUUUUGUUUCGCCUUACAACCUCAGGAGUGUGUGGUUAAAAUCUGUCGGGGUUACUCUAUCCCACGGUAUUUUAUACGUACCUAUGUUAAGUAAAUAGAGUUCUUGACAGUCGAUCAUUCUAACUGCUAAACUGCAUUGCCAUGAUUCGAUAUAAAUACGAUUUUGUUCAAAUAAAGUCGACGUUACUGGAAAUCGA